UUUGUGGCGACUGUGAGGUGUGGAGGAUAUAAGAGAAGGCAGAGGCCGGGAGUCGUCACAUAAUUGAGCAAGAUGGUCCUAAGAGGCGUGUUGGUGGUGACGGUGUUGCUGGUGCUGAAUCUCGGUCCUUCACACGGAACGCCCCUCAUGGAGGAGAACGAGAGUGUAGCACAUCAUCUUAGUCCUGAGGUGGUACAGCAGCUCCUGGCGGUCACCAAUAAUACUCUCCACCAUGUUCAGGAUGUCAAGUCGUUGUUGACACCUCUUCAGGAGAACCAGGCCAGCGUGGACGUGUCAGGGAGUGCUGCGGGUGUUCUCCGCCGUGACAUAUCCAUGCAACUUCUGCUGCUCCUGCUAGAAACCGAACAGGUGAGGCACAGCAGAGUACUAGAGCAGGUCAGUCAACAGAUGAGGGGUGUGGGUGGGCGAGACACUGCUACCUCCGGCGAGCAGUGCAGCGCCGCCAUCAACACCGUCCUGUUACAUCUACUACAGCUGCAGCAGGAGGUGAGGCAGCUGGCGACACGGCACCCCUCCUUCUCUACAGGUGACAACACAGCUUCACAGCCACAACAGUCUCCCUCACAGCAACUACAGCCACAGCAACCAAUCACCGGGGACAACAGCUGCAACACUCCCACCAACAGGCCCCGCGACUGUCACGACCUGCUGCUGGCCGGCAACACCCGCAGCGGCGUGUAUCAGAUCUUUCCAUACAGGUAAGACCUCUCACUUUACCUCCCCAAAUGAAGGUCUU